GUUUCGUCCAAACUUAUAAUGCACUUUCCCUUACAUUAGGGCUGCCAGCCCUGCCCUAACAGCCGAUCGAGUAUCGCGCCGCGUCAGUCUGCUACUAGUCACCGCCAUUAUCAAGGGAAUACAAACACCCAAUUCCAUUUUCAAAAAUUCAAAUAACGAAUCCGUUUUCUUUUUUUUUGUGAAGUUUUAAAAAAAGUCAAAAUUCUACCAAAAAGUCUUCUUGCUAUGAAGGAUGACAUCAAUUUCUCCAUACUACUUAUUAAAGAGAUCGAACUCAAUCCGUGCUUGUACGACUUAUCGCACCCUAAUUACAAUGUCAACUGGCAAGAAAAAGAAGCGAUUUGGACACAAAUUGGAACGAAGCUGGGAGAGUCAGGAACCGAUUGCAAAAACAAAUGGAAAGUGAUAAGAACCAACUACAUUCGCAGCAUGAUCAUGAAAGCCAAAGGUGCCACCAACCACAAAAAAGACUACUACCUGUCCCCUCACUUGAGUUUUCUUAACCCUUUCGUCAAGCAAAAAUUCAUGCCCAACCCUAAUGAAGACUCCAUGGACUCUAUAAUUCUCGACGACAACGAAAACCAGCUUAAAGUGACGAACACGAACAUCCCACCGAUCGAACACAAUAACGGCAAAAGAAACAUCUCUGAAGUGCACAAAGAAGAUACGCAAAAUCUGAAAAAGGCGAAAAAAGAAUAUCAGUAUCCAGUUGACCACUUCAUUGUGAAGAGGGCAAAAGAUGAAUACGAGGAUCAGAUGGCAAUACACAAGGAACCCAGUGAGAUGUACCUCUUGAGUCUCGCACCCCAUAUCAAAACCAUGACUCCUCGACAGCAGUUGAAAUUCCAAAUCGGCGUCGCUGAACUCAUAGACAACAUCAAAUACGGGGAUAUGACUUAAAUGUUUUUCGAUUCGAAAAAAGAACUGUCAAAAUAUAUGUCUUCAGACUUUUGAAAAAGAACUGUCAAAAUAUUCUCUUGGGUUCUUCAAAUGAAUGUGUGUGUACCGGUGGGGCCAAACUUUAGAACAAAUGGGCAAAUGCUUUUUUGUAUGCAAUAACUAAAAAGUAUAGUGAUAUUUAUAGUCUA